GGGACAGCAGAGGAAGCCCAGGCUGAUCCGAUAGAGGCGGCUGAAGCCUGGAGCAGCGGCCCCGGGGAGUCUGGAAGUCGGCCUCCGUAUUGAGCCGCGCAGCCUGGGAAUCGGUUGCGGCUCGGCUUUCGCUGGGCCUGGCGCUGACUCGGGCUGCAAGUGGCGGCUCCACCGUUGGGGCCUAUACCAAGAUGCCCAAAAUACAGUUUGAUGGAAUUAUGAUAGAUUUUCCUUACACACCUUAUAAAUGCCAAGAGGAUUAUAUGUCUAAGGUGAUAGAAUGUCUACAAAAGAAAGUAAAUGGGGUUCUGGAAAGCCCUACUGGCACAGGAAAAACGCUUUGUCUGUUGUGUGCUUCUUUGGCCUGGAGAGAACAUUUAAGAGACAGUAUUUCAGCAAAUAAAAUAUCCCGUAAAUUGAAUGGGGAAGAGCUUUUUGAUGGCCGGUCUUUGUCUUCAUGGGGCAGUGCAUCUAUAGAUGCUGACUCCGCAAGUUACAGUGAUAUCCCAAAGAUCAUUUAUGCCUCAAGGACACAUUCACAACUCACUCAAGUUAUUAAUGAGCUAAGGAGCACAGCAUACAGACCAAAGGUGUGUGUUCUUGGGUCAAGAGAACAGCUGUGCAUCCAUCCUGAAGUAAUGAAACAGGAAAGCAAUCAUGUAAAGGUCCACAUGUGUCGAGCAAAAAUAUCCACCCGCACUUGCCAUUUCUAUAACAAUGUGGAGGAAAAGAGCACUGAAAAAGAAUUUACACAGUCCAUUCUGGAUGUAGAAGAUCUUGUUAAAAGUGGCACUAAACACAGGGUUUGUCCUUAUUAUUUAUCUCGUGCUCUGAAGCAGAAUGCUGAAAUAAUCUUCAUGCCGUACAACUAUUUACUUGAUCCGAAGAGUCGCAAAACGCACAAUAUAGACCUACGUGGCACUAUUGUUAUUUUUGAUGAAGCGCACAAUGUGGAAAAGAUGUGUGAAGAGUCUGCUUCAUUUGACCUUACUCCUUACGACCUUGCCUCUGGGAUUGAUGCUGUUAAUCAGGUCUUAGAGAAUGAAGCAAAGACGGUUAAGCACAACGAAAACAAUACAGAUAUCAAUUUUGAAUCAUUCAAUUCAGGACUGAAAAUGGACUUGAGUGAUCUAGCUAAAAUAAAAAAAAUUCUACUUGAUUUAGAAAUGGCAAUAGAUUCUGUGGAAUUAUUACCAAAUGGAAGUGGUGUCACCAAACCAGGAAGUUUCAUCUUUGAAUUGUUUGCACAAGCUCAAAUUACUUUCCAAAACAAGUCUGCAAUUUUAGAAGCACUGGAACAGAUCAUGAGCGCUCUGUCAGAGCGCAGUGGAAUAUUCACCAAUACAAGUGGACUACAGAAGGUAGCUGACAUUCUUGAGAUUGUUUUCUGCAGCAGUCCUCAAGAGGGUACUACACUGCACACGAUGGGACUGAAUGUAGCCAAGCAUUACAAGGUUCAUGUACACCCAGAUAAUAGUGGGAAGAAAAAGCAGCACAGAACUGAUUUAUGGACUUCCUCAGUUACAAAAAAACAAGGAAAAGUUUUAAGUUACUGGUGCUUCUGCCCGGGCUACAGUAUGGCUGAGCUGGUACGCCAAGGGGUUCAGUCUAUCAUCCUCACAAGUGGUACCCUUGCUCCAUUGUCCUCUUUCACUUCAGAAAUGCAAAUCCCUUUCCCUGUCAGUCUGGAAAAUCCUCAUGUGAUUGACAAACACCAAAUAUGGAUUGGGAUUGUUCCAAAAGGCCCUGAUGGCGCACAGUUGAGCUCUGCAUAUAAUCAAAGGUUUUCACCUGAGUACAUGUCAUCCCUUGGAAAAACAAUGGUUAAUCUGUCUAGAGUGGUGCCAAAUGGUUUAUUGGUGUUCUUCCCAUCAUAUCCUAUCAUGGAUAAAAGCCUUGAGUUCUGGAAGGAGCAGGGAAUUUCCAACAGAAUAGAAGAGAUCAAACCCAUCUUUGUGGAAGUAAAGGGCAAAGGAACAUUUACAGAGGUUAUGGAUGCGUACUAUGAUAAAGUUAGCGAUCCAAAGUCGAAUGGAGCUUGUUUCUACGCAGUGUGCAGAGGAAAGGCCAGCGAAGGCUUGGAUUUUGCAGACAUGAAUGGGCGAGGUGUGAUUGUCACUGGUUUGCCAUUUCCACCUUGGAUGGACCCAAAAGUAAUGCUAAAGAUGCAAUUCCUUGAUGAAAUGAGGAUGAAAUGUGUCGGAAAUGUUCGGAAUUUAUCUGGGCAAGAAUGGUACAGACAGCAAGCAUCACGUGCCGUCAAUCAGGCCAUUGGCAGGGUUAUUCGUCACCGAAAUGACUAUGGAGCCAUCUUUCUGUGUGAUCAUAGAUUUAUCGGUGCUGAGGUGAGGUCACAGUUGCCAUCAUGGGUGCGGCCAUAUGUCAAAGUGUAUGAUAACUUUGGACACAUAAUUCGAGACGUAUCUCAGUUUUUUCGUGUUGCUCAAAAAAUUAUGCCUCUGCCAAAACUGAAGAUGAGGUCAUGUAGUGGCCGGUGUUCGGCGGUAAAUUCUUCUGCCUCUUCCUUGUCUGCUUCGUCCUUGUCUGCUGUCUCUGGCCUAAGUUUGAAGAAAGCAAAAACUUUAGAUUCUCAUGUCCCAAGCCUCAAAAGAAAACGUGCCGAGGAUGUUGAGCCUUCCAGGGGAGAUGCCAUGGCCAAGCUCUGCAUUGAAUAUGAGAAAGCAACUGAGAACACGCGAAAGAAACCUUUGAGUCUCCUUGAUGCAUUAGAGCACAAUGAACUAAAGACUGAUGAAGGUGGAAAAAAUGCAGUUAAAAUGCCAACAAUGUCUCUUAAGCAUCUGACUGGUGAACAGCGAGGAGGCAGAAAAAAAAUCAUGCUCGUUAGUAAUCAUGGAUUUGAUGUGUUGCCGCUAUCUGAAAAGACAAAAGCAGAAAAAGCUAAAUUUUUCAUUGUAGCUGUAAAGGAGGUUCUUAGCAAGGCCAGCUAUGAGCGUUUUACAGAUGCAAUGCAAAAGUACAAGAUGACGGAUGAUUUUGAUACCAUGCUUGGUGAAAUGGCAGCCCUUUUUACAGAAGAUUCAAGAAAAAACAAUCUUCUGCGAGACUUUUAUCAGUUUGUUCGGCCACAUCACAAAAAGAGGUUUGAUGAAGCCUGCUAUAACCUGACUGGUGAGGGAUGUGGAUUUAAGCCUGAGCACGCACUUCCAAGAGAGGAGAGGAGAAGAGUAGAGCAGGAAGAAAAUUCAGGUAGUGAGACUAAAUGGAAGUUUGAGCCUGCAAUCUCUACAGAGAACAAAUUUACAUCUUCAAGUUCAUCUCAACAGCUAAAUGCUUGCACACAUCUCAACAAAGGAGGAAAACACUUAAACUGUGGGGCACUUAGCAAAGGUGAAAUUUGUAAUUCUGAACCAACAGUUUCCACAAGUACACCUUCAAACAUAUUAGCUGCUACGACAGACCAGAAGAAACAGCAUUUACUUGCUGCUUAUAUUACUGAUGCUAAGAAGGCUUUAGGAUCUAGUAAUUUCAACAGAUUCUCCACAGUACUUCAGACAUAUAAAAAGACUGAUAACUAUGACAACAUGGUGUCUGAAAUAGCUGCUCUCUUUACAGAAAAGUCUGAGGAUUUUCAUUUACUACGAAAAUUUUACAUAUUUGUUAGAACACACCACAAACAACAGUUUAACCAGAUGUGUAAAGAGCUGACGGGCACAGACUGUAAACAGUUCAUUGAGAAGGAGCAUCAGCCUGAGAGACAAGGGGGAAUUCUGAACAAAACUGAAGAGAAACCCCCUAAACAUAUAGUCCUGACUGGAAACCAGAAUGACAGCAAUAAUGAGAAUGCUGAAGGAUCUGUUGCAACACAAAGCAAGAUUUCAGCAUUCUUUCCAAGCAGUGGAAAACCAACGUCCUCAAAUGUCGUGGGGAUCCCAGACAAUUUGCAUUGUAUUAAUGAUAAUAUGGUAAAAAGCUGUCCCUCUGAAUUUCAAGAAAUGGGAACAAAAAGCAUAAGACCUCCAUCAACAAAUGAACCAUUGCCGCAUUUCUGCUCAGAUGUGAAUUUGACGUUUGGUUUCCAUUGCAUACUUUGCAAAAUUGAUGCAACAGUGCCAUUUAAUUGUCAUUCCUGUGAAUUCACCUGCUGCAUGUCUUGCUGGAAGCAGUUGUUGAAGAAAAAUAAAAGAUGCCCACAAUGCAAAAAGACCACCAAUAGAAGAUACUUGAGGCAACUUUUCUUUUGGACAGACGAUCCACAGUCUCAGAAUGAAGUGAUGAACAGUAUUGACACAAAGGACAUUCUCAAUUGACCUUGCAUUCUGCAUAACUAACAUCAAGGAAAUAACCAAUUUUGCUGCAAAAAUGCAAUUUUAUUUGCGCAUAAACUAUCUUAUUUAAAAUUGUGUUUUUAUGGCUAUCAAAAUAUUUGACAAAACUUUUUUGAAUUAAUCAUUGUACUUGGGAAGAUUCUGAACGUUGUAAAUGUCAACUUCAUUGUGUGCAUGUGAAUAAAAAUAUAUUUUGACAAA